GGCGCUUGGUGUGUGUUCGCUCGGUCUCAGGUUCCGCAGUGGUGCGUCGAGAACGAGAAGGUCUGAGAGGAGAAGAUGUCCGCGCCAGUCUUGGGAUAGGGUCCACUGUGGCCGCGUCCCCCCUCCUCUCCCGCCGUUCCCCGCCCCGUCCACAGUCCGAUGGCGGCGGCGGCGCUGAGGAACCUGCCGCAGGCCUGUGUGACCUUUGAAGACGUGGCCAUUUACUUCUCCCAGGAGGAGUGGGGGUUCCUUAAUGAGGCACAGAGGUUCCUGUACCAUGAUGUGAUGCUGGAGAACUUUGCACUUACAACAUCCCUGGAUUGUCAGUGUGGAGCAGAGGAUGAGGAGAUCCCUUCUGAGCAGAGUGUUUCUGGAGGAGAGACACAGGUCAGGACUUCUCAGUCAGUUCCAUCGACCCAGAAGACUCAUCCCUGUGAGAAGUGUAUCUCAGUCUUGAAAGACAUUUUGCAGCUGACUGAGCUCCAGGCAGCAUAUCUUGGGCAAAAACCAUACUUUGGUGGGGGGUCCAGCGGCUUCUGGUUGAAUGCAAGCCUUCACCAGUAUCAGGAGCAUGUAAAUGGAGAGAAAAACUUUAAAAUGGACAUAAACAGGGCCUCGAUUGUGACGAGCUGCAGACUCCAUGUGUCAGGUAAGCCCUUCCCCUGUGGGGAGGAUGGAAAAGACUUCCUAGCUACCUUGGGCCUUCAUCAGCAGCAGGCCACUCCCAACAGUGAGAAGCCACACAGCACCAUUGAGUCUGGGGAAGCCUUAAACAAUGGAAAAAGUCAUAACAAGUGGAGUGAAUGCAGGGAAGUUCUUGGCAACACUCAUAUACUUCACCACCAGAGAGUCUGCGCUGGAGAAGGUCUUGAUGAGUGUAGCAAAUGCAAAUACAGAUUUGUUCAGCACCAGCAAAUUCACGUUGGAAAAAGGCCUUAUGAGUGUAGUGAAUGUGGGAAAUUCUUUAGCCGUAAAACCCACCUCAUUCGACACUGGAGGGUUCACACAGGAGCAAAGCCUUAUGAGUGCAGUGAAUGUGAGAGGUCUUUUAGCCAGAAAUCUGACCUCAUUCAACACCAAAGAGUUCACACUGGAGAAAGGCCUUAUGAGUGCAGUGAAUGUGGAAGAUCUUUUAUCCAGAAAUCCAUCCUCAUUAAACACCAGAGAGUUCACACUAAUGAAAGACCUUAUAAAUGCGAUCAAUGUGGAAAAGCGUUUAGCCAAAGUGCUGGCCUCCUUCGACACAAGAGAUCUCACACUAGAGCAAGGCCUUAUGAGUGCAGUGAAUGUGGGAAAGCCUUUAACUGUAAAACCCACCUCAUUCGACACUGGAGAGCUCACACUGGAGUUAGGCCUUAUGAGUGCAAUGAAUGUGGAAAAUCUUUUAGUGAGAAAUCUGUCCUCAUUCAACACCGAAGAGUUCACACUGGAGAAAAGCCUUAUGAGUGCAGUGGAUGUGGGAAAGCCUUUAGCCAGAAAUCUGUCCUCAUUCAACACCAAAGAGUUCACACUGGAGAAAGGCCUUUUGAGUGCAGUGAAUGUAGGAAAGCCUUUAGCCAGAAAUCUGUCCUCAUUCAGCACCGGAGAGUUCACACAGGAGAAAGGCCUUAUGAGUGCGGUAAAUGUGGGAAAUCCUUUAGCCGCAAAACCCACCUCAUUCGACACCAGACGGUGCACACUGGAGCAAAACCUUUUGAUUGCAGUGAAUGUGGGAGAUCCUUUACUCAGAGCUCUGGUCUCCUUCGACACAAGAGAGCUCACGUGCAGUGAGGAUAGGAAAUCCUUUACCUGCAAAUCUGACGUCGGUCAACACCAAAGAGUUCACACUGGAAAAAGGUCUUGCACAUGCAGUGAAUGUGCUUUUUUGUUACUUAGCAUCAUUGUGUUGGAGGAAAGCCUCUGUGAGGAACCAUCUGCAUGAGUCGAAUCUCGCGUCAGGAUAUCCACAGACUAGGGAUUGAUUCACCAUAAAUUUCACGGUUGUGUGGGAAGCAUGUGUAACCUGCCCAAGGUCACUGCCAGUUUCUGUGGCAGAAAGUAUCUCACCUCUAGCAUCUGGCAGGCCCUCACAGUUGGCAUCAGUCACAAGCCUAGUAUGCUCAGAGCAACUGGCAUCUGUGCUGUCCCGUUUGUUGGAGGAAAUCCAGUGUGUGAGACUUCCAAUUCCUUCACACCAUUAUCAAUACCUGGUAAGGUUACUUUUUAAUUUUACCCUUUUAAAAUAAGUGUGUAGAGGUAAUCCAGUGGUUUUAAUUGCAUUUCCCUAAGGAUUUACAACGUUGAGCAUUAUUUCAUGUGUUUGCUGUAUAUCUUCUUUAGUAAGAUGUCUAUUCUUUGUCAUAUUUUCUAUUUUGUGAAUUUGGCUAUUUGCUUUUUAGUUAGAAUAAGACAGACAACAAAGACAUGUUGGUAUUCUACUUAUUCUUCAAUGAUGUGAGUGACUUCUUUGCUGCCUGGAAUAAUUGUUUUUGAAUACUGGAGGAAUAUUUUGUUAUUUUUUAUUUUUAUUUUUUUUUGAUGGAAUGCACAGUGUAUGGACACCUAUACCAAACAUUUAAGUUUUAUCAGCAUUAUUAACAUAUUCUCCAUCACUUUUCUAAGUGUAGACAUUCAAUAUACUGCAUUCAGUAAUACUAUAAAUCAAGCCUUGGUUUGUAGUGUUUGCCAGUUUCUUUGGUAUAAAUACCAUGAACAAUUUCAAACUACCAACCUGAUGUCACUGAAUAGAGUUGGGAAGAGUUGGCAGUAUCACACCAUUCUAAACAGAGAAAUGA